AUGACCAAGGGAAAGGUCUGUCUCGCCUACAGCGGUGGUCUCGACACCAGCUGCAUUCUGGCCUACCUGCUCGAGGAGGGCUAUGAGGUCGUCUGCUUCAUGGCCGAUGUUGGCCAGGAGGAGGACUUCGAGGCUGCUAAGGCCAAGGCCAAGCAGAUCGGUGCCUCUGCCUGCUACGUUGAGGACCUUCGCCGCGAGUUCGUUGAGGCUCUCUGCUUCCCGGCCAUCCAGGCCAACGCCAUCUACGAGAACGUCUACCUGCUCGGCACCUCUCUUGCCCGUCCCGUGAUUGCCCGCGCUCAGAUCGCAGUUGCUCAGAAGGAGGGCUGCUUCGCUGUUGCCCACGGCUGCACUGGCAAGGGCAACGACCAGGUCCGCUUCGAGCUUGCCUUCUACGCUCUCCAGCCCUCGAUCAAGGUCAUCGCCCCGUGGCGUGACGCCGUCUUCUACAAGCGCUUCGCUGGCCGCAACGAUCUGCUCGACUACGCUGCCGCCAAGGGCAUCCCCGUCACCAGCACCAAGUCCAAGCCCUGGUCCAUGGACGAGAACCUUGCCCACUGCUCGUACGAGGCCGGCAUCCUCGAGGACCCAAACACCACUCCCCCGGAGGACAUGUGGAAGCUCACCGCUGACCCCACCAAGGCUCCCGACGCUCCCGAGGACUUCACCCUCUUCUUCGAGAAGGGUCUGCCCAAGAAGCUCGUCUACAAGAAGGAUGGCAAGGACACCGAGGUUACCGACUCGGUCGACCUCUUCCUCACUGCCAACGCCAUCGCCAGGAAGCACGGUGUCGGCAGAAUCGACAUUGUCGAGAACAGGUUCAUUGGUCUCAAGUCCCGUGGCUGCUACGAGACUCCUGGUCUCACCAUGCUGAGGGCUGCCCACGUCGACCUUGAGGGUCUCGUCAUGGACAGGGAGGUCCGCGCUCUCCGUGAUCAGUUCGUCACCUUCAACUACGCUAAGAUCCUGUACAACGGUCUCUACUUCUCUCCCGAGCGUGAGUUCCUCGAGGACUCGAUCGUCUCGUCGCAGAAGCACGUCAACGGCCAGGUCCGCUGCCGUGCCUACAAGGGUACUUUCAGCGUCCUGGGCCGCUGGUCCGACACGGAGAAGCUGUAUGACAUGAGCGAGAGCUCCAUGGAUGAGAUUGGCGACUUCGAGCCCAGCGACACCACUGGCUUCAUCAGCGUCAUGGCCAUCCGUCUCAAGAAGUACGGCAACAAGAAGGCUGAGGCUGGCGAGGACCUCGUCAAGCCGCUGGUGUAA